AUGGCUCCUGCGGGCUUUCCGACAACCCUGUCGGGCAUCUUUUCAACAAAGAGCCUGAGUUUCAUCCAUCAAGUCCCGAGGCUGAACGCCAUCUAUGGUUGCACGCGGCAGACCAAAAGAAAUGUGUACUCGUGUUCCGGCGGCAGGGCCCCGCUGGCAACCAGGCAUACAAGCCUGAUCCAGCUCCCUCCCAGAGCGGUUACCAUCUGGUCGCGACUCAAGGCUGAUCUCACGUCUGGCUCGGUUCCCUACUCAGAGCUCACGAUCGGUGUCCCAGCAGAAACCUUUGCCGGAGAGCGUCGCGUGGCUGUGGCGCCCCAAAACAUCCCUCUUCUCCUUAAAAAGGGGUUUGCUCGCGUCCUCGUGGAGCGCGGUGCUGGCGCCGAAGCUCAGUAUGCCGACGAAGUAUACGAACACAUGGGCGCCACCAUCGUGGAUCGCCAGACUGUUUGGUCUGAAAGUAACGUGCUGCUCAAAGUCCGCGCCCCCGACGUCGAGUCCGAGGUGCCGCUUAUUCGCGAAGGGGCCGCCCUGAUAUCGUUUAUCCAACCGGCUCAGAACAAAAGUCUGGUUGACGCCCUCGCCUCACGCCGCGUGACUGCAUUUGCCAUGGACAUGAUUCCGAGGAUAUCUCGGGCACAGGCAUUCGAUGCUCUUAGUUCCAUGGCCAAUAUUGCCGGGUACAAAGCCGUUCUCGAAGGGUCGAAUCAUUUUGGCCGAUUCCUGACUGGCCAGGUCACUGCCGCGGGGAAGAUCCCGCCCGCCAAAGUGCUAGUCAUCGGCGCAGGCGUUGCCGGGUUGAGUGCCAUCACUACGGCUCGUCGCUUGGGUGCGAUCGUCCGUGGGUUUGACACUCGGUCGGCGGCGCGCGAACAGGUCCAGUCUCUCGGGGCGGACUUCCUCGAAGUCAGCGUCCAGGAGGAGGGCGGCGGAGCAGGAGGCUACAGCAAAGAAAUGUCCAAGGAAUUCAUCGAGGCCGAGAUGAAGCUGUUCAUGGAUCAGUGCAAGGACGUGGAUAUUGUGGUCACCACCGCACAAAUCCCAGGCAAGCCCUCUCCCAAACUCAUCACUGAAAAGAUGGUCAGCGCCAUGAGGCCGGGCUCGGUGAUUGUGGAUCUCGCAUCUGAAGGUGGAGGGAAUUGUGAAGUUACGGUUCCCGGGCAGCUCAUCGUCCACAACCAUGUCACCGUCAUCGGGUAUACAGAUUUCCCGUCCCGCCUUCCAACCCAGUCGACCAGCCUGUAUUCCAACAACAUCACGAAGUUUCUCCUAUACCUCGCCCCCAAAGACAAUCAUUUUGGCGUCGAUUUGGAAGACGAAGUCGCCCGUGGCUCCAUCGUCACUCACAAUGGCCAAGUCAUCCCUCCAGCUCCACGCCCGGCUCCGCCGCCCGCUUCCACCCAGCCACAUCAUGAACCUGAACUCAAGCCAGUCGAACUGACCCCGUGGGAGAAGCAAACGAGAAACGUGGCCGCAGUGACGGGGGGAAUGAGUGCAGCCCUGGCACUCGGCAAACUGACCGGGCCGCUCUUCAUGAGUAGCAUGUUCACAGCCGGUCUUGCUGGUCUCAUCGGGUAUCGAUCGGUCUGGGGGGUGAUUCCUGCCCUCCAUUCUCCGCUGAUGAGUGUCACCAAUGCCAUUUCGGGCAUUGUUGGGGUGGGCGGCUUCUUCGUCAUGGGCGGAGGAUUCUUCCCUGAGACCAUCCCGCAGGUUCUCGGUGCUCUCUCGGUUCUCCUGGCGUUUGUGAACAUUUCCGGUGGCUUCGUCAUCACCAAAAGAAUGCUGGAUAUGUUCAAGCGCCCGACCGAUCCCCCGGAAUAUCCCUACCUAUAUGCAAUCCCUGGCAUUCUGUUCGGCGGCGGCUUCAUCGUAGCUGCGAGUACGGGCACGGCGGGGUUGGUGCAGGCUGGGUAUCUGGUCAGCAGCCUCCUCUGCAUUGGAUCGCUUUCGGGUCUCGCGUCUCAAGCAACUGCGAGAACCGGGAACCUCCUCGGAAUCUUGGGGGUAUUUGCAGGGAUCAUCGCAUCCUUGGGGGCGGUAGGAUUCUCCCCCGAAGUGCUAGCUCAAUUUGGGGCCAUUGCAACGGUCGGUGGCAUUAUUGGUGCUCUCAUUGGAAGACGAAUCACACCCACCGAACUACCCCAGACCGUUGCAGCCUUGCACUCGGUGGUGGGUCUUGCCGCCGUAUUCACCAGCAUAGGCAGCGUUCUCGCCCACGUCUCGGAGAUCUCAACCUUGCACAUGGUGACUGCUUACCUGGGUGUUCUGAUCGGUGGAAUCACGUUCACUGGCUCGAUUGUUGCGUUUCUCAAACUGGCAGGGCGCAUGUCCUCGCGCCCCACAAUCCUUCCUGGCCGACAUCUGAUAAACGCAUCUCUGCUCGCCGCCAACGCAGGCACAAUGGGGGCGUUCAUCACCAUGGCCCCUGGGGCGCCCGCCGUGGCGGCGGUCUGUCUGUCUGCCAACACGGCCCUGAGUUUCACGCAAGGGUAUACCACAACGGCUGCCAUUGGUGGAGCUGAUAUGCCCGUGGUGAUUACCGUGCUCAAUGCAUACUCUGGCUUUGCACUUGUCGCCGAGGGUUUCAUGCUCGACAACCCUCUCCUGUUGACCGUAGGGUCGCUUAUCGGCGUGAGCGGUUCGAUCCUGUCGUAUAUCAUGUGCGUCGCGAUGAACCGGUCGCUGACCAACGUACUAUUCGGUGGUAUUGCGCCCAUUGCGCAGGCGAACCAAGAAAUCAAAGGCCAAGUAAUCAAGACGACGGCCGAAGAAACCGUCGACGCUCUAGCCAGUGCGGAGAACGUGAUUAUUGUGGUCGGAUACGGCAUGGCGGUGGCCAAAGCACAGUAUGCGAUUGCCGAAAUCACCUCGUUACUGCGAAGCAAGGGCGUCAACGUCCGGUUUGCCAUCCACCCAGUGGCAGGCCGAAUGCCAGGCCAGUGCAAUGUGCUGCUAGCCGAGGCGUCGGUGCCGUACGACAUUGUCCUGGAGAUGGACGAGAUCAACGACGACUUCCCGGACACGGAUGUCACACUGGUGAUUGGGGCCAACGAUACGGUGAAUCCACUGGCUUUGGAGGCCGGGUCGCCGAUCGCGGGGAUGCCGGUCCUGCAUGCGUGGAAGUCCAAGAACGUGAUUGUCAUGAAGAGGGGGAUGAGUAGUGGUUAUGCCGACGUGCCCAACCCGAUGUUCUACAUGCCCGGAACACGCAUGCUGUUCGGCGACGCCAAGCAGACGUGCGACGCGCUCAAGGCGAUGCUGGAGACGAGGUAUAAGGCGCAGUUCCAUGUCUAA